CGGAAGUGCGUUUGAGCGAGACAAGAUGUCUGGACGCGGAAAGACCGGCGGCAAAGCCAGGGCCAAGGCCAAGACCCGCUCGUCCCGUGCGGGGCUCCAGUUCCCCGUGGGCCGUGUCCACAGGCUGCUGCGUAAGGGGAACUACGCCGAGCGCGUCGGUGCCGGAGCUCCGGUGUACCUGGCUGCGGUUCUGGAGUACCUGACCGCCGAGAUCCUGGAGCUGGCCGGGAACGCGGCCCGCGACAACAAGAAGACCAGGAUCAUCCCCCGCCACCUGCAGCUGGCCGUCCGCAACGACGAGGAGCUCAACAAGCUGCUGGGCGGCGUGACCAUCGCUCAGGGCGGCGUGCUGCCCAACAUCCAGGCCGUCCUGCUGCCCAAGAAGACCGAGAAGCCGGCCAAGGCCAAGUGAACGUCGGCAGCCCGAGCGACAACCCAACGGCUCUUUUAAGAGCCACCCACCCACUUCCGUCCGAAGAGCCAGAGUUUCUAAACUCCACCCGAGUUGCAUGACCUAUCAUAUAAUAAAUUAAAAUCCAGUAAACGGCAGUCACCCUAGAAAGAGGCGACCAACUUUAAAAAGGAAUAAACAUGAAAUGCUCAAUGUUCCCCACAGCAAUGAAACGUUGCAGAUGGAAAGAUGUGCGGGAUUUCUUUGGGUCUCAAUGAUCAAAUGUAGGAUUGUGCUCUGUGCUCGUCUAACUUCAACUGGUGGAAAAGCCUCUGGACCACCGGACGUUUCACCGGCCUGACAGGGAGGGAGAGAGAGAGAGAGUCCCACAGCAAACCUUCAGUUGGACCUGCGGUUCCGUUGCUCUGUGCGGCCUUCAGCAACCAGUCUGGCAACAUCCAGACUGGCAACACGGCCAGAUCCUUUACGUGGUUCCUAAAGCAGAAUUAAAGAAUCUGCUGCUUGUCAGGGUUUUGCAUGUAACAAACCUGAGGAGGAUGAGAGGAGAGGAAACCCAGAGUAGCAGCCUGAGCGUUAGAACUUCACUUUGGAUCAUCUUGGUUAUGCAUUUUUCUUUGUUAGCUCAUUUGAAAAACUAGCCACCAGUUUGCUGCUGCUGCUGCUGCUGCUGCUGCUGCAAAGUUUGAUACCUGCAGUAAUUUUACUGGACAAUUCCUAAUAAUUUGGAGAAAGUUGUAACUGUUGGAUUGAUGAGAGAAAAUGUGAAAACAGACAACUUUGAUUGAUUGAUUGAUUGAUUGAUUGAUUGAUUGAUUGCGGUCAAAUGAAUUUUUGUUUUGUUUCCAUCUUUUAUUUCCACAUGAAGUGACGGGGAACCUUUGAGACGCUCCCACUCCACUACCUCCUAGUUUUGACGGUGUUUUAUUUUACAAUCCGGUUCUCCGAGCGGAAGUGCGUCCGCUGGUCGUUGGCAACUUGAGGCGGAAGUAGAAACGUGUCUGGCCGACUGUCUUCACUUAGGUCCGCGACAUGUAUUGAAAUCCGGACGCCCAGCCUUCCGCAGUCAGUGUCUCGUCGUCGACGCACAGCGAGAGA